AGCGAUGACUGGUGGGAUGCAAUCAUGCAAAUGCUUAACCGAAUGUAUGUUUAUAAAGAAAGUAGGAUGUUAAUUACUAUUCCAUUUUUUUUAUACAAAAUACAAGUAUUUAUCUUAUAAAUGACAAAUAGGUUUAAAUGCAUUUUAGGUCCUCUUAAUAAAAAUUCAAUAUAAAAAUUAUACAAUGAAUUUAUAUUAAUUGUAUUAAUUUAAAUAGACCAAAAAAUAGACCGACAUAGCUUUCUGAAUGACUUAAGAGUUAAGAAGACUAUCUUUUUAACUAAAUGUGGUUUUUAUUUUUUUUUAACUUAUCUAUCUAUUAAUUUUGCAUGGCCUGGUCUGAGCCUAAUAUAAGCUGUUAUAACUUAUAAGCAUAGUAGGUGGUUUAACCUAUUUACUUCAGAGCUGCGUGCUCCAGUGACUCGUCCAUGGCGCUCUCAGAUGACUAUGAUCACGUUAUCCUGCUCUGUAUAGACCCCGAGCCAAAAGAAGAAACAGCGGAGACCCUAAACGAAGAGAUUCUCGUGUCAACCACAGAUAUCCUCGUUUGGGAUUUGCCAACCAUUCUCAGUUUCAAGACAAUCAAAGUUCAGGCACACCGCAGUAGGCUCAUUGAACAAUCUUUGUAUUUCCGAAGCUUCUUCCGCGGGAUCAGCAGCGUCAGGGAACCAUGCUUGGGCUCUAUUACUAUCAAUUGGAAUGUGAGUGAGUUUCUGCAAAUUCUUAAGCAUAUGUAUGGCUGUCAAGUGGAUAUUGCCAAGGAUAACCUCACCGCUCUCCGUGAGUGUGCGCUUUAUUUUGGAGUGGAGACACUUAUCUUAAAGUGUGAGAGGUUUUCUGAGGGAUUACUGCCCAAAAGAACAAUGUCGCUGAGGGAAUGCUGUUACCCUACUCCCAAAUCUUAUGACUAUGCGGGUAGCAUUAUGGUGCCACCGAUCUAUGCUAGCAGUUUCGAAAGCAUGCCUGAUCUUAUCAGUCUUGUCAAACAGAACCAAUUUGGGGGAGGGAUCACUGAAGACCCUUACUUACAUUUGGUUAGAUUUUUAGGCAUAUGUGGUAUUGUCAAGAUAAAAGGAGCCUCAGACGAUGCCAUCCGCUUAAGGCUUUUCCCCUUCUCUUUGAAAGACGAGGCUGAUAAUUGGUUAUAUGAUCAACCAAAAAGGAGCAUAUACACAUGGGAUGACUUGGCCAGCCAAUUUAUGGGGAGAUACUUCCACUUCUAUAAACGGGCCAAGAUGAGAAAUGAAAUUACAUUUUUUGUCCAACAGGAUAAUGAGUCUCUCUAUGAUGCUUGGGAGAGAUUUAAGGAGUUAUUGAGAAAAUGCCCUCAACAUUCCCUUCCUGAAUGGCUGCAGGUCCGGACCUUCUACAACGGUUUGGUACCCUCUGCUCAAGACAUGUUCGAUGCAGCCUGUGGUGGAUAUGUCAGUUUGAAGACUCCAGAAGAAGCCCUAGAUAUCAUUGAAACUUUGGCUGUCAAUGCUGCAAAUUCUUGGAGUGAUAUGCAAAGCCAAAGAGGAGCGCUAGAAGUUGAAACCCCUGAUGCUCUCCAGGCUCAAAUCAAGGUGCUGUCUCAACAGUUGGCGAGGUUGACACAACAAUUAUCAAGCAUGCAAGCUAAGGCGGUUGCCACACCCACCUUAGAUUGUGACUUCUACAAGGACCCAUAUGAAAAUGGGAAUUAUCAAGCCAACCAACAAGUAGAACAAGUUAACAUCUUGGGGCAACAAAAUUCUUUCAGCCAAGGAUGGAAUAAUCAAUUUGAUUUUUCCCAAGGCCCACAAGAUAGUCUAGGAAACUCCUCCUUCCAAGGCCAAGGAGAGUCAUUUAACUACAGCUCCGACAGACUUGCCUCAUUGGAAAACAUCGUUAAGAAGUUGGCCAUUAAUACGUCCAAUUUUGUCAGUGAGUUUCAAGAACCAAGAGGUCUCUUUGAAGAAUUUGGAGAAUCAAGUAGGGAAAAUUACUAAGCACCUGGCAGAGCGAACCCCAAGCACUUCAGGUUCACAGGUAGAGUGCAACACUAUUCAUGUGAGAUGUGCCUAUGGUGAGCCCGAAGAAGAAGAAACAAGGGAUUGUGACAAAUUUCAUAAAAUCCCACCUUAAAUUUGAUUUGUGUGAUCAUUCCCUACCUGAAUUUAUGAUUAAUAGAUGGAUACAGGCCUUCACAAUGAGAUUAUUCCAUUAUAGAAUCUUGCAUAUUUUUUCUGUUUCAAUCAAAGCAAGUUUUAUUUUAAGUUAUUGUGAGAGUCAUGGAUGCUUUGCUCAACAGAUGAGUAUACUGUAUAACCUUUAGGAAUGUGGAUCGAGAUUGAUUGAUGCUUAGAUGAAAGAUUGGAUUGCACUCUUAAACGACCUUUUGCACUUUUAUUGGUCUUUCA